UUGAGAAACUAACGCAAUGCCAGAGCUGUUUCAGAUACACUCCUUUUGAUCAAAUGGGCCUCUGUUGGGCUUUAGCCCGAGUUUUUCUUUCGGUUUAUUUGGUUAAAUUCGGUUUACAUGUGAUGAACGGCGCAUCUCCGGCUCAUUCUUUGGUAUCGACGACCGCCGUAGCUGGUGGAGGUGGAAGUAGCGGCGCAGCCGCUGGUCUAGACGAUUUCCAUUUUCCACCGGAUAUUCCCUCUAUGCAAGAUCGAAAAGACGAAGCUAUGCGUGUUUUGAAAGCUGAUUUGAUGGCUGAGCUUGACAAAGAGGUUAAAUCUUUGGAAGAAGAUAGUUGGAUGUUCGAAGGUCCUCGUUCUCGAAUCCAUCUUAUAUCUAGAAGAGGUAACUUUCUAAAGAAAGAAGGUGUAGCUGUGACGAAAUCAAGCAUCAUUCAGCUGCCUAGAUGAAGUUCAAGUAAGCAAAUUCAGAAAUGGUCGUGAAGCUUUGUUGAGGUCGAUGGUGUUCGUAACAAAUGCCACUACAACGUUGACUCUGUUUUAAAGGGAUAACAUUAGCUUAUUUCAAUGGUGUUAAUAUCUGUGUACAAGUGAUAAAAUCAUUAUUUAACAACGCUAAAAUACGAUUUGAGUACUUAUCGAUAUCAAUGUUCUCAAGAAAUCUAAAUAAUCAACUUUCACUUUUUA